AUGUCGUCGUUGAUGAACGCGCUGUCCAACUGGCUGGUGAACCCGCGCCGCAACCCGCUCGCGCGCCUCCACAUGCACGCCGUUUCCUCGCGUCUCAGGAAAUACGGGCUGAGGUACGACGACCUGUACGACCCCUACUUCGACCUGGACAUCAAGGAGGCGCUCGGGAGGCUUCCCAUGGAGGUGGUCGAUGCACGCAUCCAGCGCCUCAAGCGUGCCAUGGACCUCUCCAUGAAGCACCAGUACCUCCCCGAGCACCUCCAGGUUCGUGCCCCUUCAUUUCCCCUUGAUCUGGAUCUCUCGAUUCAUAUUAUGGUCGUGAUUGUUGUGACGGUAGCGUCCGAGGCACAGCAGGUUCCAUUCAGAGGAUAUUUGAGUGACAUGUUGGCUCUGGUGAAAAAGGAAAACGCCGAGCGUGAAGCACUGGGAGCCCUUCCACUCUACCAGAGAACACUUCCCUAG